CAAAAGUUUAGUGUUCAUUCUUGACAUAAGGAAUAGUAAAGAUUAACUUAUAUCGCAUAGUAAUGAACAAGUGUGUAUAAGAGAGAGAGAUGCUCCUUCUGUCUCCUCCAUGAUUUAUGCUACGUCACAAUAUGGAUAAAGCAUAAAGGCUAAUUUCAGGUCCUAAAAAUCAAAAAUUUACUAUUGCUUUUUCCUGUAAUAUUUGUCUAGAUGAAGCAAGCAGGACCAUCAUUAAGGAAAGGCCAGCAACAACCAGAUAAAUAUAACAACGUUCUAGAACAUGAUAGGAGGGAUGAGCAUGGCCAUGGACCAGAUUUGCUAGUGCUUCCUUCAACAUCGACAUUCACUCUCAAAGACGAUAAGCAAGAGAAAUUAAAAAAGAAAGCAAAGAACUUUUUUAACGAAAAGAAAGAGAUUAAGCUAAGAGCACAAAGUUUAUGGAGCUACAUUGAUGCAACAAAUACCUUUGAUCAAGCACGGUUCUUUCAGGAAAAUGCGGAACAAGUAUUUCAAGUGGUAUAUGAUACUUGUAUGCAUCAAAUAGACAAAAUAAGGAAAACCAAGACAGAAAGACCACAAUCUUGGAAUUCAAAGGAACUCGUCAGUCUCCAGAAAACGCUCUUGUUGCUACGAAAGAUAUUUUUAUUUGUUCCAGAGUUAAUGAGGAACGGAUGGCAGAGACAAAAUAUUGCAGCCAUCUUGACCCAUAUUUUGGAUCACCGUAACCAUCCAAGGCUACGAGCCCUCGGCUUUCAAUUGCUUUUAUUGUGGUUGAAUGACCAAGUAGUAGAAUAUCCAGAAUGUAUAUACCUAUUCUCAAAUGCAAUUUCCUUGGACUUGUUUAUUCUCGACGAGAUAUCCCCCAUAGAUACGGCUCAUUCAAAUAACAAUCAUGCCAAUGCAUCUACUGGGGUCAAUAUCAGUCCUUCUACAAUGAGUCAUGUCUCACCAACAACGGCCAGCCUGAUGAAUAACGAACCGUCUGAUGAUAACAUACAUAGCAAGCUGCAUACUGGCGGACUUCAUUUUGUUAAAAAGCUAAGAGAAACACAUGCAGAAAAAGGACAGACAAAGCACGGACUACAAAGAGAUGAACGUAUAAAAACAAGUCAAAUUCAGCUACAUCAAACAAUCAUUGUAGAUGACGAGUCUACAGCGCCAAUAUUCCCCAACCCUGCUCCACCCACGUACAAUGAUUCACUUGUAUUAAUACACAUUUUUAUAUCAAAUUUAGUGCGACUAGCUUAUGUCGCAGCUGGUUCACCACCACCACCUGAUGACUAUGAUUAUCCUCCUGGAGACCAGUUCGAACCAGAUGAUGGAAUUGCUACUGGCGUUGGCAUAGAUGCAGCCACCGCAAGUGCAAAGUUCCUAUUCAAAAUAUUUAGGACAUAUUACAUAACCAAGUUUGUUCCGCUCAUUUCAAAAUCAUUACAGGUAGAUGGCGCGAUUGAAAAUGAAAAGUAUGGAUUCCCAUCCUGUCCUCCUUCUAUCCUUAGAUGCCUUUUGCGUUUCUUGAUUGGCUAUUGUCUUGAUAAUGAUAGCAAUAAUGUACACAUCAAUUGGCCAAACCAAGCCCCAUUUGCAUCUUCUUCUCCAGCUAUACCCAUUCUAAAAUCCAUUGUGUUAUCAUCCCAUGAAACUCGUGAAAUGCUGCAUGAAAUAAUUCGCCAAGCUCUUACUCUACCAUGCACAAAUACACAAUAUCGCGACAUCACACGCGGUGCUAUUCAUGUACUUGGAGUUUGGAUACUUUGUAAGGAAGAGGAAAGACCAUCCUUCUUGAGAAGAUCAGGUAGUGCAGUCACUCGUUCCAGUAGUACCACCUCAGCCAUAUCAAUGAAUAACGGUAAUACACCUGGCACAGAACAGAACAAGAUUCUUUCUACUUCGCCUAUUGCAGAAGAGUUUCCUAUCCAUCAGAAAAGUAGCGAAGACCAACACGAUGCCAACGCAUUCUUGCGCCGUUAUUUAAUGAUGAUAAAGUUGAUAUUUGAGGAUCGACGUGGUUCAGAUGAUAAAAGUAGAGACGUUUUGGCUGCGAAUGCACAACAGGUCACAGAUUGGGAAGGCUUAGUAGCACUAUACAAAGACGCUAUUAAUGUAUAUCGUGCUAUUGUUGUAUCUAAAGGAGGAAUUGACAUUGAAUGGGAGAGUUGGGAAUUACUAUUACAUUGUCUCCUGGAUAUUCAGCAAUGGCUAAUGAGUCAACCAGAAAAGUACAGUAGAGUUCCUGUCCAGCCUCUGGCGGAAGACCUGGCAAGCUAUAUUUGGGAAACAGUAUUCUAUGCAUUUGUAAGAGCCAAGAUUAUUCACAUGGAGCUUUGGAAUCAAUUAAAAGUACACGUUGUCAGUUCAACUCGGUGGCCUCAAGCUCUACAGCAGUGGGUGAAAACCAUGCAUAAUUUAACUAGACUACUAUCUUCCAGGCUGUACAAAGUAGAAUAUGAUAUUGACAGACAUCGAUCCGCAGAUGAUCAACAACAGCCUUUCCAUUUUAUCAGCAGCAGUCGCUCAUCAGCUAUAGGAAGUAGUAACAAAAGCAAAAUUCGAUCUCGGCAUUUGAGCAUCCACGGCCAUCCAAAAAAUAAUACAUCAACUGGUAAUAAACGUGGCUCUGCUGGACGACCAUUAUCAAGUAGUGGAAGUGAAGGUCAGUUAGUACCAAACGCACUAGACAAACAGUCUACGGAACAGCAACAGACAGACCACUCCCAAAGUACGACGGCUCUUCCUCCUCCUGAAGGAAGUGUCUCGACUAUCUUACGUAACCUUAGCAGUGCUUCCUUAUCUGAUAUUGCAAACACAUUCAAAUCCGAUCGUAAAUCGACAAACCUCAGCUCUGUACCCGAUAAUGAAGAGCUUGAGGAUGAAACAGUGACAACAACAAAACAAAACAUCAAGUUUGGAAUUAAGAAUAUUAUACCUACAUCCUCAUUUUCUAAUACCUCAUCACAUACCAGCAGUAGUGGAAGCAACUAUCAUGCUUUGACUUCAUCGGCAUCAGCUGCCAAGAGAACGAGCGGUAGUCAUACGUUAGGAAACAAUGCAUCAAGCCAUGGUAUGAACGCAACGAGUGGAGGACAGGACAAAAGCAUGACAGGAUCUGGAAGACGAACGAUUAGUAUACAGCAGCUUGACUCGCUAUGGCAAGAUUCAGGCUCAAAGUUACUGAACUUUGUUCACCACAGCAAUGAAGGCUCUCAGGCAAACGUAACCAAGGGCUUAACUAUCAAGCAUGAUGAUAAGAAAACAGAGUGGGACAGAAGAAGUGGGUCAAGCUCUGUUAUAGACGAGGUUGCAUCAAGUCGCUCCAAUCGUACUUCUACAUCUAUACUGGCAGGUGUUGGUGACGCACUCUCUAUGAUGCCCAGUUCAGCUGCUGUCACUGAAAAGCUUCCUGUGGGACUAGGAUCCUUCAAAAGUUCUGAUUUUCUCGUUUUAAGUAACCUGUCUUAUGAUGGACAGCAAAUACUGGCUACCUGGAAGAAUACGUUGUUAGUUGUAGGCAACAUCAAUCAAAUCGAAGGAGCACAAAACCACGCCAUUGCCAUUCAGUGUAUUGUAGAUAUCUUGGAUACUUUCAAGUUGAUACGAGCAGAGCAGCCUUACUGUGAUGUACCUAUACCUGCUAUAUAUGAUUUUACACCAUGGUUACUUGAUGCAACAGAGCUUCCAGACACAUAUGAAAUAGGUAAAGCUAGUGCCUAUGGUAGCCUAUGUAGGUUGAUGGCACAGAUUCCAGAGGAAAAUAUACCAGAGAGCUAUUAUGCAGCGUUUUACAAAUCAAUCAUCAAAGGGCUUAGUUCUGGCAACUUAUCCAUUGUUCAUGCUAUUCUACUUAAUUCUAGCAAUCUAUUUACGUUUCCACUUCCUGGUAUUCAUAUCUUGAUUCCAUUUUUUAUAGAAGCUAUUGAAAAAGAGCUGCUAAACUACUCUGGCACAAAGCCUUCAUUAAAAGUAUACAAGAGCUGUGUUACGAUCUUGGGCUCACUUGUGCCAUUGUCGAAUCAUUUAAAGAAUGUGACAAUCCAUUUUGAUGAGAUAGAUACAAAGUGGAUUCCUGCUUUUGAACAGGAAAAAUCGUUUUCGUUUGCUGGUGCAAAACUAUGGUUAAAGAAUGUCCUGAUCAGACUAAUAAUAAGUAAUCAAAAUGUCACAGGCGAACUUGAUACAGAAAUACACUGUAUGCUGCUCGGUGGCUUAUGCGCCUUUGUGCUUGAUGAAAUGUCUACAGUAGAAAGUCGCCAAGAUGAUAUCAUAUAUGAAUGUAUUCUGUCUUUGGUCAAUCACUUGUAUUGGUGUAAUAUCUCUGUUAUAAACACUGUGGCCAACUGUCUGAUCACACUUGCUCAUACGUAUGAUGGAGAGCUUGAUCCAGAAGGAAUUGUUGUACAAGAAGUACUGACUCAUAUUAUUGAUGCACUUAAUGUACAUUUGAAGUACUAUGAACGAAGUAGCAAGACCGGAAGAGGCUUUAUUAUUUCCAAACUAUUUAGCUGUCUUUUAGACUGGAUUAUGUCAAUCGACCCCAUCAUUCUUACAGAAACUGAUCUUUGUCAACUUGUAUUUGAUGUGAUUGAGCUUGCUAUUCAUUUAUCAUCGGAUGGUCAUGAAAAACUAUUACCACACCCUCCCAGAUCAGUUAGCACAAGCUCAAAGAAAAAAGAAGCUUCAUUCAAGUUUAAAUUAGGAGCAGAUAAAAGACCAGACAUAAAACAGAAUGAGCAUAUUGUUGGCUCAGACACCUUGCCAGAAAAUGAUCAAGAUUAUGUCAAGGAAUCCGCUGAAGCAGUCCUGCUUCAUUUACUUCAUCACUUUAACAACUUUGCAUCUCCUUAUGGUCCUGCCACUUUGUAUAGUACAAUCGCUGGACCUGGUGUUUCGCAAGAUGAUGGAGAUUAUCAGCAGUACCAAUAUUUCUCGUUCAAUGACACUACUAUUAUUGCAUUUGUGGAACUCCCUGAAGCAAAAGAAAAACGUCAAGCAAGAAUGAUCAUACGAGAUCUUACUGGACGUUAUGUUUGGGAUGCCCAACUAGAACCCAAGGCAACCUUGUCUGGAAGCUCAGAAAGAUUAGCAAGCACAAAGAAAUUGGGCAACGCUUUAGAUAAAAGGUUUAUAAAAAGUGAGAAUAAAUCGAACGACCGAGCAUUGGCUGAUCAUGGAAAAGACCCAAUGUCUUUGUUAUUAAAGCAGAUUGGUGAAUUACACCCAGAUUGCCUCUUAGACCCUAGUCUACCACUUAAUGUGCCAAGUACUCCCACUGCACUUCAAUUAGAUAUGCUUGGCAAUCUAGGAGAGCGUUUAGAGGAUUAUUUGAAGAAAGAAGCAGAACAGAAUGCUCAGCAGGCGCCAGACGUAAGGCUUUGGUAUACAAAGAUGAAUAGCCUACGUCAAAGGGAAUCUGGAGAAAAUAAGCAAAGUGAAUCAAUGCAAGUACAGCUGUUGAACAACUUUAGCUUGAAAAAAGACUUCAUGCCAGCUUUUCCUCAAGAAGCUGAAAAUCCCCAUGUCCCUUUCUUGUUUAGUCGACUAUUGAUGAGUCAUCUAGGGCUCAUUGAGUAUAAUCACUUAAAAGAUGGCUCCUUCCAGAUGCUCAAUAAGAGUCCAGCUCUUUACAGAGACUUGCGAGGACUCGAUCGAAAGCAUGGACGCGAGACAAUGAAGAUUGGACUGAUUUACGUUGCCCAUGGACAAGAAGAUGAGCAGAGUAUUCUCCAGAACAGUCAAGGGUCUGAGAGAUAUAAUAGAUUUGUAGAAAGUCUAGGAUGGGAAAUAGAUAUUGCUACACACACAGGGUAUCUCGGGGGACUUGAACGAAAUUUAACCAAUGGUUCAAAAGCUACUUAUUAUUGCUCUUCUACGCUUGAAGUGAUAUUCCAUGAUGUGACUAAAAUGCCCACAGACCCCUCUGAUCCAAAACAGCUAAAGAAGAAACGACAUAUUGGUAAUGACCAUGUCCACAUCGUUUGGAAUGAACAUGACCGAGACUAUAAGACUAAUACUAUUGGAGGGGACUUUGGCAAUGCUCAAAUUAUUGUUAAACCACUGCCUAACAAUCUCUACUUGAUCAAAGUUUAUCGUGACUCAAAGAUUCCAUAUUUUGGACCACUGUAUGAUAAAAUGAUUGUAUCUGAAGCAAGUUUGGGUCCUCUGGUUAGAUCUACUGCUAUUGAUGCGUUUAGAGCUACAGUGCACACAAAUUUAUAUUCCUUUUAUAAGAGUGUGUAUGCCCAAAGAGCCAACGAUGUGCGAAUGAUCACUCAAAGGCAUAAACUUUCAGCAUGGAGUUAUGAGCAUUUUAUGGAGAAAGUUUUCAUGCUUGAAGAUCAAUAAGUUUCUAAUAUGAAAUCUUUAUCCAAACAAGACAAUUGGCCACUCCAUGAUUACCAUGAAAAAUAUAUUAUGAAAACAUUAUCAUUACGAGCACUGCAAUGUAAUUAUUCAAGCGCAAUCAAUACCAUCACCAUUACCACUAAUACUAAUAAUAAUAAUAA